ACUCAUAGUUUGAGCAGCCAUCAGCAUGAAGGUUUUCGUAGUUUUGGUUCUGGCCUUGGCCUCCGCCUCCGCUGGGCUCCUGCCCAAUGUCGCCCCGGUGCAUCCCCGUGACAGGGUAUCGAGCCCGUCCAUCAACGGUCGCAUCACCAACGGCAAGGACGCCGUGGCCGACCAGUUCCCCUACCAGGUGGGACUCAGUUUCUCGAGCUCUGCAGGCAGUUGGUGGUGCGGUGGCUCCAUCAUCGACAACCAAUGGGUGUUGACCGCUGCUCACUGUACCGACGGUGCCGCCUCCGUGACCAUCUCCUAUGGUGCCACUGUCCGCACUAGCCCCAAGUUCACCGAGACCGUGUCCAGCUCGAACUUCAUCCAGCACGAGAGCUACCUGUCCCUGACCGUCCGCAACGACGUCUCCCUGAUCAAGACCUCCAGCGUGUCCUUCUCGUCCUCCGUGAACAAGAUCGCCCUGCCCGCCAUCGCCAGCACCUACUCCACCUACGAGGGCAAGACCGCUGUUGCCUCCGGAUGGGGUCUCACCUCCGAUUCCGCCACCGCCGUGGCUCGUGAUCUGCAGUACGUCGAUCUUACCGUUAUCUCCAACUCCGUGUGCCAGGGCACCUUCGGAAGCCUGAUUGUGACCAGCAGGGUCCUCUGCGUUGAAACCCCCAAGGGGACCUCCACCUGCCAGGGCGAUUCCGGCGGCCCCUUGGCUCUCGAUAAGAUCCUCAUCGGUAUCACCUCCUUCGGAUCCGCUGAUGGUUGCGAGGCUGGCGCACCAGCUGCCUUCACCCGUGUGACCGCCUACUUGGACUGGAUCAAGACGAACUCCGGCGUCUCCUACUAAGCACUUCAAUAAAACAUUAAUAGCACGAUUAUUCACUAAAA